GGAGAACGUUCUGUUCAAAAGACUUUUGACCAUUUGCUUUCAAUAUUCCUGCCUUCUCUUUAUCUCUGUGUACCUUUCCUGGAAGUAGUUCCAUGAAAACACACAUCUCAACUGCUGAUGAAGGAUUAACUGUGGACAACUGUCUUUGCUCCCAUCCUACACGACGAGGAAAGCUGUGUUAUUAUUUGAGGAUUAUUUGGCUCUGUGUCUGAGUCAGGUGUGUUAACAGAAUUGUUUAUUGGUUGGAUAUCAUCGUUUCAUACUACAACACGCAUUUACCUUUCCUGUAGUAACUGAAUGGCCAGAAAUGAAUGCAGGUAUUCAUCCAAGACUGCAGGGGAAGUAUUAUGUGCAUAUGUGUUUUGAUCCUUCCCUCCUUGUGCCAGGAGAAGUAUAGUUUUCUACUGCUUGGGGUGGUGAAUCAGCAGUUCUGCAUUUUGCCGUGCUGUGAGAAUUUUAAGGGGCUAUUAGACAAAUUGGUAGAAUUAAUUAGAUGCAUGCUCUUCUUGUUACAGAAACCCCAGAGACAUUAUGAAUAAUAUUCUACAAUGUUGUCUCUUUACUCUGCAAGGUUCAGUAAUUUGCUAGAACAGAACAAACUUGGCCAGCUAUUUUCACCAGGAUCUGACAAAAAUCCUAGAGAACAAAGCGUUACACUCGUCUUUUGUUUUCAAGUAUCUGUUAGUUCUUAAUGUUUUUCUGCCUUUCUUUUGUCAGAAACACCAUAUGCUGGUAAAAAAACCAAACAAACGCCGAAACCAACAAAAACCCAACACAUCACUAUUGUUCCUCCCUGUAUCUUUUAUUUCACUUCUGUGCUGAAUCACAGUGUUCUGAUACAGUCGUUUUUUAUGGCGUAAUUGUUUUGUAUAAUCCAUUUUCUUUGGGCACCUCUUAGCUUCUGUCUGAAGCUGAUACUGUUAAAAUGAAUGUAGUUAUAAAUCUGUCACAGGUAACAAGCUAAAUUUAGAGCUCAAUAAACCAGGAGAGAGUAGGCUGUAGAUAAGUGAGUGUGUUGAGAUGCAGUAGUUACAAUAGUGGCACGAAAAGUCCACUUCUGACAAGUUAACAAAGGGGGAACACAGAACAUUUGGUUCCUUCACUGACUGACCACCACCACCCAUGUUCCAGUAAACAGAGAGGUUGUGUGAAAAUAUAAGUACAGUCAUGGCAUGUCUGUGUGUGCUGUGACACCCCAAAAGACUGACAGGAUGUGUUAGCUGCCAUGGAUGGGUGUGCUGUGCUGGACCACUUCCCUCAGCCAUCCCGUGGUGUGGAUGUAGGGUGGUGUUUCUGUAAAGUUUGGAGCUGCACAGCACUACCACUGAACUGAGGGAGAUCCCAGUUCCUCAGAAGAGGGUCUGAAACUGGGAUUGGGAGCUAUCAGGCAGGACAGGACCCAGUGCUCCUGAAGCCAGUGUGGUGUGGGAGCCAACACCCCUCAGAUCCCCAUUAGCAUGAUCCCUAAGGCAGUGUGUCCCUAAACAGAGCUUGAUAGCUGUGUGUGCCUCAGACCUGGGCAAGCCAAGUUCCCACAGUGAAAGGGCUGAGUGAUUGUCAAAACUGAGAUCACUGUAAGAUUUUUUUUUUUCUCUUUUGAGAAAGGGAAAGGGAAGAACACAGAGAAGCAGCAGCAGUGGAAAGAUGAAGGGAGGUGAUAUAAGAAACAACAAGACCUAGAGAAAGUACAUUCAAGAAAGAUCUGAUUCUCUGAGUUGCAGUCCAAUAGAUGUUAACUAAGGGGGAUAAGUGGAAGAAGGGCAGGAAAGAGUGAAGAACAACAGAAGGCAAGGCAUGGCAAGGAAAAUAGAGGGUGAAAUGCAAGCAGAAAAAAUUAAGCAAGCAGAUCAAAUAACGCAGAUAUGCAGCUGCCACACCUGCUUUAGCCUUUACAUGUCUGUGUGGUGCUUUCACACUAAGCUGUGACAGAGCUGUGGUGAGGCUGUGCCCUGUGGGAUUCUCAGGUGGAGGGGAAUGCCACAGCUGUGCUGAACAGCUACUGCUGCUACUGCCCACUCCAAACAUUUGUCCCAAACAUGGGCAAGUUUGUUGUUGAGACUACUCAGAAUAAGAGAAAGGCCUUUGCAGAGGAGGGCUGUGAGAGCCGCUGCCAUGGCUUUCCUCCAUGCUCUGUGUGACAGGAGAAUGCCCAGAGGCAGGUGGCACAGGACCAGGGUCAGGGCUCUGGUGCUCCUGGGCAUCAGCAGAGGUGCUGAUCCUUUCUGUGCUAAACAACCAUAAAGAUUCAGCCGCACUGUUUGGUUUUUCAGAUGCCAUUUGCAUAAGCAUCUUGUUGUUGAAUCAGUAGCACUUUACUGAGGAGGAUAAAUUCUGUCUUUUAACAAUGAAAUCGGCUGUUUAGCUGCCAACCACAGUCAUGCCCUCCUGUUGCCUCAAGAAGAAUGAAACACUGGCAUACUGACAUAUAAAUCGUAUUGCUGGAGAAUGCAUUAACUCCCUUAUUUAUGGCUGCAUUGUGCCACACAGUGCUGCAUGUUGUAAUUGAGGGCUCUCUGAUUAAUUCAUUGCAUGUAAAAUCUGUGGAAAUUAUUAUCACAGCACAUUUCCAUGAUUAAAAUAUUUCCUACAUUGCAGAUUUGAAGAGUCCCUAACUGCCGCGUGUUACUGAAAUGAAAAAUUCCAUGAAAAUUUUAAUACAAGCAAAACAAAGUUUUUAUGCAUAGUGAAUGUUUUUCAUUAGACCAGCUGUUAUGGUUGGGAAAAGCAAUCCAAUCAUUUGGUUUUAGGGACCCUUUUUAGGUGACCAGUGAAAGCUUCAUUCAUUGCUGAUCAUGAGGCGAUGGGCAGCAUCACACAUAGAAUGAUCUUUGCCUUGCCAUUAGUGACAAAGCCAAAUAAUUUAAACUAAAUCUAUAAUGAAGCAUUCAUAGGAACUGUUGGUUUCAGGGCAUAAUUCUUACUAAUGUGAUGUUCCAUUAAGAGUUAUCCUAAGGUAAUGUUAAUAUUUUGAUGAUUUGCAGCAAGUCAAUAAAUGAACAUUUUCUUUAGUCAAAAGUCUGCAGUUUUAGAUAGCUCCUGAAGUCAGACAGUUCUGCAAAACAAAGAAUUUUUAAAAAAUUCCCCCUUCCAUUUUCUCUUCAGUUAAAAAUGGGCCAGAAUAUUGCAGAUAACAUGGAGUAAUGCUUUAACUAUUAGCUGUGUGUUUGUGAAGUCCAUUUGUCUUGUUAAGGCUGUCAUUUGGCUGCAUUACCCUUUCUGUAACCCUGGAAACAACUUCAAAUACUGUGGUAUUUGAAAAGUCUAAACCAUAACAUGCCCUUACAAUGCUAUGAAUGUUUUUUGAGACUCCCUGUACAAAGAAAGAAAACAAUUCUUUUCCUUUUACAGAGGGCAUUAAGCGUGAUGGAUGUGCACUGCUUUGUGAGAAAGCUGAUCCUCACCUGUUGAUUAAUUUUUCUCCGUCUCUAUUUACAUGGUGAUAAGAAGUGCUAAGCCCACUCUGUCAGUCUGGACUGAUGAAUCUGAGGAGUAGAACAGAGCCCUGUGUUGUGUAAACGAACUGAUGGAUGAAGAUGAGAAGGACAGGGCAAAGAGGGCAUCACGCAACAAAUCUGAAAAGAAGAGGAGGGACCAGUUCAAUGUCCUCAUUAAAGAGCUUUGCACGAUGCUGCAGGGCCAUGGCCACCCUCUCAAGAUGGACAAGUCCACAAUACUGCAGAGGACCAUCGACUUCCUACAGAAACAGAAAGAAAUCACAGCACAGACAGAAGCCUGUGAGAUUAGACAAGACUGGAAGCCUUCAUUUCUUAGCAACGAGGAGUUCACCCAGUUGAUGUUAGAGGCACUGGAUGGCUUUCUCAUUGCUCUUACCACUGAUGGGAUUAUUAUUUAUGUAUCUGAUAGUGUUUCAUCUCUGCUCGGACACUUACCGUCAGAUUUGGUGGACCAAAAUAUAUUAAACUUUCUGCCUGAGCGGGAACAGAGCGAAGUGUACAAGCUCCUUUCUCCACAUGUGCUCAUGACAGAUCCUGUUGCAGCUGAUUUUCUAAAUGCAGAAAAACAAAUAGAGUUUUGCUGCCAUUUAGCAAGAGGCAGUUUAGAUCCAAAUGAACCCCUGAUGUAUGAAUAUGUGAAAUUUGUAGUGGAUUUUAAAUAUUUUACUCAUGUGCCUACACCCUCCUGUAAUGGCUUUGAGUCAGCUAUUGCACGAGCUUUCAGGUCAGCCACGGAGGAGCAGAUUUGCCUCGUCGCGACUGUUCGUCUCGUCACGCCGCAGUUCUUAAAGGAGCUCUGCAACGUUGAAGAGCCAUGUGAAGAAUUUACAUCGAGGCAUAGUUUAGAAUGGAAGUUUUUAUUCUUGGACCACAGGGCUCCACCUAUUAUAGGAUAUUUACCCUUUGAGGUUCUGGGAACGUCAGGGUAUGAUUACUACCACGCAGAUGACCUGGAGCUUCUUGCAAGGUGCCAUGAACACUUGAUGCAGUUUGGAAAAGGAAAGUCCUGUUACUAUCGGUUCCUGACCAAAGGCCAGCAGUGGAUAUGGCUGCAGACACACUACUACAUCACCUACCACCAGUGGAAUUCCAAGCCCGAGUUCAUCGUUUGCACUCACCUGGUAGUUAGUUAUGCAGAAGUUCGGGCUGAGAGAAGGCGAGAUCUUGGCCUUGAAGAGUCAUCAAUUGAACUGGCAUCCUCUUCUCUAAAGAGCCACAGCAGCUACCUGGACGUGGGGCAGUGCGGCAGCAGCCAGGAUGCCAGCCGGGAGGGAGUGUCGCUGUCAUCCCACAGCUCCCGGCGCUCCUCGCACACCGCCCUCUCCGACUCCACCUCCACGUCAUCCAUGCGGCGCACGGACACCAGCACUCCCACGCGGCCGUCAGUGCCGGGGGGGCAGGCAGAGAAGGCAGCCCUGCGGCUGGCACCAGUCGGAAGCACUCAGGCCAUAGCCACUCCUCAAGCCCCUGGUGAACACCUCCCUCAGCACCCUGUGGCUCAGCUGGCAGUCCCCUCCCAGCACCCUGUGAUGCCAGUGUACCAUUUCGCGACCCAGCUGGGGAUGAUGCAUCAGCUGAAAGAGCAGCUGGAGGAGAGGACUCGCAUACUCCAAGCUGACAUCAAGACUCAGCAAGAAGAACUCCACGUCAUCAAGGAGCAGCUCCAGCUAGUGCAGGACUCCAACCUGCAGAUGCUGAUGCAGCAGCCGAUCCCCGUCGUCUUUAACAACGUGCAGCACCCGAGUCCCCGGAGGCCACUGCCCCAGGGGACACCCAGGCAGAGCACAGCCAAGAAGUCACAACAGUCAGGUCUUGUGGGGACAAAGCACUACUGCAGCACCCACCUGCCGUCACCGCGCCAGUUCCUCAGGGACCCCCACGGCACGGCCGCCCAGGUACAGCAGCAGCAGCAGCACCUACUGAGAGGAAGCCAAGGCCAGCAAACGUGUCUGCCAGGGCAGGCAAGCAUUUCAGUGCCCCUCUACAACAACCCCAUGGUGUUCUCACAAACACACCCCAUUGCAGUGGCUGCUCAGAUGCCGCCUGACAGCAGCGAGAGGCAACCCCAGUCUGACUACAGCCAGGACAGGAGCCUCAGGAUGCUGUUGGAUCAGUCCAUCCAAGCCAUGAUGCCUGCAGCCAACAGCAGUGGCCAGAGCAGUGCCAGCAGGCAGCAAGGAAAAUUCGUUGCGGAGCAGCAGACCCUGCCUCCCCCAGCACAGGUACAGCCAGCUACCUGUAGCACCGUCCGACCUCCAGCCCCACCGCCCAUUUUCUCCCCAUCUCUGAUGAUCCCACACACCAGCUUCACAUCCCACCAGGCCAGCACACCGGUUCAUCUCCACCAGUGGCCACAGCAACAGGUUCAGCAGCACCGUCUCUACCUUCAGAUGCAAGGUCCCGAGCUGGUGCCUGGGGGUCCAACGCAGCGCAUCUUCCAGCCACCCCACGCUCCACAGCAGAACCCCCUGAGCUACUUCCUCCACCCACAGCAGCAGAGCCACCACACGCAGGGCCAGCCCUGCAACCCGCCUGACCUGCCCGAGAUGCAGCUGCCCUGAACGUUGGCUCUGGGAGGCAGGGACCACGUGGCCGCAGCCGCUCAGCACCCCGGGCGCACGCAGAGGAGAGCGCGGUGCCGUCAGAGCACGGGACGGGUGAGGUCGGGCUCCGUGGGAAGGUGGUGGCAGGAGGAACAGUCCCUGAUGGGGAUGGAUGGCUGCAGGAGCACCCCCUCCGUUGGGAUUUCCACGCAGCCAGUCCGUGAUGCUGCUCCGGCAGCAGUUUGUGCCCUGGCCCAGCACCGCGGUGCAGAUGGAGGCAGCGGCUUUCUGGCUGCAGGGAGGUCAGUUAUCAGGUCGCCACAAAACUUGGUUUGCAAUGGAGAAAACCCUUUUCCAUUCAGGACUUCAGUGCUGAAAGUCACUGUGAAUUUAAGCCCAGCAUUUGAAGCACAUAGACAGACUGUACCGGUCCGCAGGAUGCCGUUGGAUUACCGUGUACAUAACUCGUUUUGAUGUAGUAAGUCCAUUGUGGAUUUUUUCCCCCUUUUUUCUAUACCUCAGUCCCACAGUUUUUUGUUUUCCAGGAGAUUGGAUAAUGCUGCUAAUUUACAUAACACCACUUUUGCCUGAAUUUCUUACUGUUGUUAUACCAGCUCACAUCGCAGCUAGUACAAUAUUUGUCAUGUUUUAUUUUUGGUUAACAAGUGCAGAGAAAUUUGUAGGGUUUUUACUCCCUGUAGCCAAGUAUUUUUCAGGUUACAGACAAAGAAUCCUUACUCCUUCUUUUUCUGUCUGUUUGUUUCAUUUCGAGUGCUGUAGUUGUGUAUGUUUCUAUACAUAAAAACAAACAAACAUGCAUAGACUGGCAUAUGACAGCAAACUUUCUGGUUUUGCUAGGUCAUGUUUCAAUUUGGCACACCCAAAAUGUACGAUCACUACACAAGCGAUGUUACAAGCCCGUAGGGUCAGCAAUAAAUUGUAUUUUUGUAAAAAUUGUCACUUUUUAACUAUAAGUUUAUAUUUAUGAAUUGAAAAAGAAGUUUAUUCCUCAGUGGGUGUAUAGUUAAGUGUCCCUACUGUUUGUGUCUUUCCAAAGGAAAAAUGAAAAUGUACAUUUUCGAGGCGUUAGUAGCUGAGUACUUACUACCUUUGGGCACUGUUAGAGGCCAAAUGCAGGAGGUGGGUUUGGCCAUUACUUUGCAAAAUAGUGGUUAUUUAGGACCAGGUCCAUCUAGCAGUGAAGCUCCACCUGACAAUCAGAGCAAGGUUUAGGGAGGGGUUAAUUCCUAAAGUCAGAACCAAGCAAACCUGCUUUUUCUUUUUUUUUCUUUUUUUUUUUUUUUUUUUUUUUGGCAUUUGUUUCCUUUUUUAUCUUGUGCAAGCUGCUUGCUUGGCUCUUUGCAACAUUGCGGCAGGUGGACGCUGGUGUUACUGGUGUUACUGAUGGAGGAGCCUUUGGCACUGUGUUUCAAGAAAAAGGGGAAAGUGGGAAUGUGUCAAAGCAAUAGCUACAGCUAAUGGUACCUUGAGCUACCCAAUGCCAUAAGCACAGAUCUGUCUGCAGCUCUAUCUGUAUAUCUGUAGCUGUAUCUGUAGCUGUAUCUAUAUAUCUGUAGCUGGCUCACUUGCCCCCAGCAGCCACACAAUUUCUGUGCUGCAGCACGGUGAGGAUUUCUUUAACUUUGGGCCCAGGCUGAGCUUGGGGGGCAGAAGAACACGACUGUUUCAGCCUGGGUGAACAAGGCUAUGGCAGCCAGAGACUCCUGGAGAGCUCAGGAGUGAAACAGAAGUGUGACAGCUCUGCCUGGGACAGGAUUUUGUCUGCAGCCCCCCUGCUGCUCUCAGACACAGCCUGGACCAGCCCCCUCAUUUCAAACCACAACAAGAAAUUCUGGCUACAGCAGAGCCACGGGCCAGCCAUGGCACUGCUGGUAGUGGGAUGUGGAGCACCUGCCUUUCCAGAGCAACCUGGAGCUGAAACAGUAACACCUCAUCCCUUGGCUCUUGGAGACCAAGCCCUGGAGAGAGGGUGGGGGCUUUCCUGCCCUGGCAUUUGUGAUGCAGCAAGGGCCAGCACAGAGCCUUUGGGGUAGGUAACUUUUUCUUUUUUUUUUUUUUUUUUUUUUUGUCUUUUCUUUUUUUAAAGCACUAUGAUUUUUAGUCUCCCUCUCCCCAUUCCAAGACAGCGGGAUUGCUCAUGAGGCUGGGGCAGGAGAGAGUUGUAUUUUUGGGAGUUGUUUGUGGUUUUUUCCACCAUAGCCUUGGAACAUGUCAGAGGGGAGGCAAACACAUACAUUUCUGUUGGGGGUCCACCACUGCACAGUUUGUGGCUCGGGGUGGCUGGCAGGAGGGAAAGGUCGAGCAUCUUCCUGCUUGCCCAUUAAACCUGCAUCAUCCCAGUCCACCACCACGGCUGGUGAGAGGUGUCCCAUCACCACACGUGAGCCCACCUAUGGCAGGUGCCAAUCAAGUGUAUCUCAGAGGUGGUGGUGGUUGGGGUCAGGGGCUUGGGGGGGGUUGUAUUUUUUUAACAGUGCUUGGUAGGGAGGCAGCUGAGGCAGAGUGGUUUCCCAGCACUGCUGUGGCUUUGACAGCAGUGAAAGAAGAGGGUUGGGAAGGGGUUUGGGGGAGGUGGGGGGUUGUGGGUGUGCCGGAUGGGGCCAUGCCAUGGGCACAGCCCUUCUGAUGGCAGGGAGAGCUGGGGGAGGCACUGCCCCCCUGCUUGCAGCCUCUCAGCGAGGAGCACAGGAGCUUUGUGAGGAUGUUUACAUGUUAGAUCAGCCUUGCUGAAACAAAGAGACCUAAAAACGCACUUUAUCAUGUGCCCCCCCUCGUUCCCAGUGCCCACCCCAGCCACUGGCCUCGCUGCUGGUGGGCAGGGGGGCUGCACAGUCCCAGGCACUGCCUCAUGGGUAGAGCCUUGUUUUCCAGACAUGCUCCAAAGGACAAAAUCCCACCAUCCCUUUCUGGGGCUUGCUCGGUCCCUGCUCAGUCUGCCUCCAGCUGAGGGAGGGAAGGCUGAGUCAGGGCCAUGGGGUUUUUGCCUUAUAUUGUCACUCACUCUCAAAAAAUAUACAGAUAAAUAACUUUAUUCAGGUUGAUUUGUAUUUGUUUACCUCGGUAUUAGCUAUGACCUGUGUUUUUAGGACUCAUUUGGAAUUGAGGGUUGCUGGUGGGUUUGGUUCACACUCCCCCAGCUGCAACAAGAAAGCACAAGUGUGACUUGUUGGUCACAAGCAGAGGGAGGAAAGUGACCAAUGGCACCUGCGGCGGGGUGGGGCUCCAGUGUUGGUGUUGGCCUAUCAGUCAUUAAUGUUCUGAGGUUUUCUAGUACACAAGUACCUAUAUAUUAUAUCUCUCUAUAUAUAGAUAUAUGUAUUUUCAAUAUGCAUAUAUGUGUAUGCACAUGUAUAUCUAUAUAUAAAUAUAUAUAGGCCACACAAUUCCAGACCUCUGAAAACACAGGCAGCUUUAAUUAAUAAAGUCUUGCACUUUUAGCGUAUUUGUACAUAUAAGCUAAAGCCUGGUGGGUAUAAUCAGGCUGGUUUGACAAACACAAUGAAAAGUUACUGUAUAUAUUGUAAAUAUUCCAUGAAAAAAAAAAAAAAAGAAAAAAGAAAAUAAGAAAAAGUCUAGAAUUGAGUAUAAAUCUUGGUUUAUUUUAUAUGAUGUUGAAUAUAAAUAAAUUUAUAAAUGUUACUAUUCUUAAAAGUAUUUUGUAAUGGGAAAAAGAAAGUGUCUUAUGAAGAUGAACAGUAAAGAUUUUAUUCUUGUUUUGAAUCUAUGUCCCUGCACAGCUCCAUUGAAUGGGAGCCUGUGCAUUUUGACAAGCUUUAAAGAGAUUGUACAUAGUAUUUAAAAAAAAAAAAAAAAAAAAGAUAAGAAGAAAUAAAAUAAUACUUGUAAGGCCUCUUCCA